AGUUAAUUUAAUUACAUAAACGAAAGAAACAGUUACAUCAUCUCCCAUUGAUUCCUUCAAAAAAAAAAUCAUCUCCCAUUGAUCUAAUUUCAUCUCUCCCAAAACGCACAAAAAUCUUCUCCAUUUCCUUCCCUUCCAAUUCCAUUCAAUUCCCUCAAAUUUCCUUCUCAUUUCCCCAGAAAUGAUUCCCACCGCCGGCAUUCUUAGAAAGAGACAACGCACCACCACCACCACCACUCGCAUUUCCUCCACCGCCGCAAUCGCCAACUCAUCAUUCUUCGACAUAAACCAAAACCACCACUGUCUCUCUCCGACCACCUCCGCCUUCUUAUUCAACGAUUCCUCCACCGCAGACGUCAUCCUCCGUCUCUUCACCGACACCAUCACCCCGCCGGAAUCUCCCUCCUCCAUCUCCGUCGACUCCGCGCCAAUCUCUGAUCUCCAUGUCUACCUCCACUCCGACAUCCUCCGCCGCGCGAAGUACUUCUCCGCUCUGUUAUCCGACCGAUGGAUCAACAACGUACAUCCUCAACCUUCACCGGAGCAAAUCACCGAUCACGAACUCUUUCGUCUCAAUCUCGGUGUUCCACCUUCUCCAGGCUCAAUCCAGAAUCAUCUUACCGUCCUUGAGCUUCUCUACACAAACGAUUUCACAAAUGCGGUGGAAAACGUUUCCACCGCGCUUGAUUUGCUUCCGGUGGCGCUUGAAUUGCUUUUCGAAGACUGCGUUCGGUGGUGUGUGCGUUACCUCGAAGCGGUGCCGUGGACGGAGGAAGAAGAAAACCGAGUCGUUAACCUAAUUCCAUUUCUAAGCGAAGAAGAAUCAAAGGAACUCAUUGCUAGGGUUUCACCUGUAGGAGAAAAUGCUUGUGAAGAAAUGCUGGAAGGUUUAAUUUCAUCGGCGAUGAACAAUUACGGUAACACCGCAUUCGUGAAAGCGUUUGUAGGGAAGAUAUUAAGGGAUGUAUCUUCGAGGGAAACGGUGAAGAGGGUUUUGGAGAAAGCGUUUAGGGGGAGUUUGAAAACGGUGAAGCAAUCAUUGGAGGAUUAUUCGAGUCCGGUUUUUAGAGGGGAUCAUAAUGAAAAUGAAACGGAAGCAAUGCAGAGGGUGAAUUUGCAUAAGGCUUCUACUAUUGGGAAGCAUUUGUUAUGGCUUGUGGAGAGGAUGGUUGAGCUUAGGGUUGCAGAUGCAGCCGUGCGGGAAUGGAGUGAGCAAGAAGCUUUUACGGGUGAUUUGAAGAAGGCGUUUGGGGAAGAUGCAUGGAGGAAUAUCGUUCCCGGUCUUCCUGCUGUUAUUCUUAGGUGUACUUCUAAGCUUGCUCAUGCUGUUUGUGCUGGCACCGUUGUAGCUUCUACUCAGGUGAGAAGGAAACUCGUGGAAGACUGGCUUCCUGUUUUGGUUGUUUGCAAAGAUUUUUCACCCGUUAGCAACAAAUCGUUAUAUCUAGAGCUGGAAGAAACAUUUCUGCGAAUUAUCUCCACUCUGCCCAUGUCAGAUGCUCAAGAAUUGCUGCAAAAGUGCCUCAGUUUUUCGACCCGAAAUGUUGAAGAUUGUCCUCAUUUGGUGACAGCGUUCAACACCUGGUUCCGGCGUGCAGCUCAUCCCUUCAAACUAGAUUCUGUCUGUGAUCAAUCAGAUGUCUGAUCUCCUGACCUUUGUUGGCUGGCUUGUCAAAUACUGUGCAGAUUGUAUAUACUAUGUUCAGAAAGUUGAAGCUUAACAUUGUACAGAUGACUGUAACCAAGAUAGUUAGACCUUAUCCUGUGGUCAGUGGUUGUCGCCUUGUUGGUGUGGCUACCAAGUUCCUUGGAAUGCAAUAUUUUAGUUGCAUGUAUUUCUCAGAUGUUGAAAUGGUGCUUAGCAAGUUUUAGGUCAAAAUGAAAAUACAAGCUUUGGUUCUCUUAAGGAUAAAUCCAUUUCUCGACUUAAACUUUUGACAUUUUAUGAAUAGUUCAUUCCACCGAAAGGUUUCAAAUUUAUCAA